AACGAGGCGAGUGGGAUUAUUUUGCGCUGGUAUGAAUAGAUACCACAUUUAUGGAAUAUAACGAGAUUGUACGUGGACGCCAGUUGAGAAAAUUAACCGGACAGAACAAUGGCACGGCAAGUACUGCUGGUUUUCUCUCUCCUUUCUCUCUGCUCGGUGCGCGCACAGAUCAACUACUCUAUCCCAGAGGAAAUGGCCAAAGGAUCGUUAGUUGGGAACAUCGCGCAUGAUUUAGGUUUAGAUCGGAAACGUUUAACAUCAGGUAAAGCUCGGAUCUACACAAAGAACAGUGAGGAGCACAUCGAGCUGAGCAGAGAAAGAGGAGUCCUCCUCGUCAAAGAAAGGAUCGACAGAGAGGCGCUGUGCACGGAGAUGACGCUGUGUGCGUUACAUUUUCAGAUCAUUUUAGAGAAUCCCAUGGAGUUUUACACUGUUAUCGUCCAGAUUACUGACAUUAAUGAUAAUCCACCAACAUUUAAAAAACAUGAAAUGCGUUUCAAAAUUAGUGAGUCGGCGGUCUCAGGAGCAAAAUUUGCCCUGGAGCGAGCUGUGGAUCGUGACGUCGGAAAGAAUGGUGUUCAAAGAUAUGAGUUAAAACCAACCGAUCAUUUUUCUAUGAAACUGCACAGCGACGCGCACGGAAAUCAAAAGAUCGAGAUGGUUUUACAGAAACCUCUGGACAGAGAGAAAAACGAUCAGCUGCAUCUGGUGUUAACGGCUGUAGACGGAGGAGACCCGCAGAUGUCAGGAACAAUGCAGAUUAUUAUUACGGUUUUAGACGCUAAUGAUAACGCUCCCGUUUUUACGCAGCACACAUAUAAAGCUAUAGUUACUGAGAACUCACCAACAGGAACUAUUGUCGCCACAGUUACAGCCUCAGACGAAGAUCAGGGAUCAAACGGAGAAAUAACAUAUUCAAUCACGGAUACUCAAGAAAACGUCAUAACAAUAUUUGACAUAAAUGUAAACAACGGAGACGUUUCUUUAAUUGGACCCGUUGACUUUGAAAAAUCACGUUAUUUUCAAAUAAAUGUACUUGCCAGUGAUGACGGAGGUCUGACUGAUUAUUGUAAACUGAUUGUUGAUGUUCAAGACAUAAAUGACAACAAACCAGAAAUUAACAUAAUGUCAAAGUCAAAUAUUAUUUCAGAGGAUGCCAAAAUUAAUACAGUGGUUACAAUGAUAAACAUCGAGGACCAAGACUCGGGAGAAAACGGACAUGUAAACUGCUUUAUUAAUGAAAAUACACCUUUUGAUUUAAAAACAUCAGCAAAUAAUUUCUACAGUCUCGUUACAGACAGUGAGUUAGACAGAGAGAGAUCCUCUGAGUAUAAUAUCACAGUGACCUGCUCUGAUGAGGGAGUGCCCUCCCUCUCCAGCAGCGUCACUCUGACCUUACAGAUCUCAGAUGUGAAUGAUAACGCGCCUGUCUUUGAGAAGAGAUCAUAUGAGGCCUACAUUGUAGAAAACAACACACCAGGCCUCUCUAUAUUCACAGUGAAAGCCACAGACGCUGACUGGAACCAGAAUGCGCAUGUUUCUUACAUACUGGAGGACUCCUCUGUUAAUGGAGUGUCCGUCUCCUCAUUUGUGUCAGUUAGUGCUGAUAGUGGAGUCAUCCACGCAGUGCGCUCUUUGGACUACGAGCAGAUCAAGGACUUCCAGUUAUGCGUCAAAGCGCAGGAUGGAGGCUCCCCUCCACUCAGUACUAACGUGACUGUGAAAAUAGUGAUCCAGGACCAGAAUGACAACGCUCCUCAGGUUCUGUACCCGGUCCAGACUGGAGGCUCUGUGGUGGCUGAGAUGGUUCCUCGUUCAGCAGAUGUGGGCUAUCUGGUGACUAAAGUGGUGGCUGUUGAUGUGGACUCUGGACAGAAUUCCUGGCUCUCCUAUAAACUGCAGAAAGCCACAGACAGGGCGCUGUUUGAAGUGGGUUUACAGAAUGGAGAAAUAAGAACUAUCCGCCAAGUCACUGAUAAAGAUGCUGUCAAACAAAGACUGACUGUGUUCGUUAAGGACAAUGGGCAGCCCUCUCGUUCAGCUACAGUCAUUGUUAACGUGGCGGUGGCGGACAGCUACCCUGAAGGGCUGUUGGAGUUCACUGACUUUACGCACGACAAAGAGUACAAUGACAACCUGACUUUUUACUUAGUGCUGGCUUUGGCUGUAGUUUCCUUUCUCUUCAUCACAUGUUUAGUGGUUAUUAUAUCAGUGAAAAUCUACAGAUGGAGACAGUCUCGCAUCCUGUAUCACUCCAGUCUCCCCGUGAUUCCAUAUUAUCCACCACGUUACUCAGACACUUUGGGGACAGGGACUCUGCCACACAUGUACAACUACGAGGUGUGCAGGAUGACUGACUCCAGCAAGAGUGACUGUAAGUUCGCCACAGCUGGUAGUCAGAACGUGCUGAUAAUGGACCCCAGUUCUACCGGAACCAUGCAGCGGAUACAGAAUGAAAAGAACAUCCUGGAUGAGCCAGACUCUCCUCUAGAGGUUAGUUAUUUACGUUUAUUUCUCACCCCUAACAUUGUUCAUAUGUGGCAGUUACAUUUGGAAAACAGCAUUGUUGUCCUUCUGCAUUCAGCACCUUGGACAGUGGCAUAG